UCAGUUGAAAUCUCAACGGGAUCUGCUUUAAAUCACACAGAAGACGACGCUUCCCCCCAAACAUCUUUGGACAACUUCACGUCUCUUCCCUUUCUUAAAUUAGCCCCCCCUAAGCUUCGAGAUACCGCCCCCAAUUUCAGUGUCGGUACGGAGCCGCCAGGCCGGGACAGAGACGGAGAGAGAGCCCUCGGCCAUGGAAGCGCUCGGACCCGGCCCCCCACCUACUCCUACCUCCCUGUUUCAGCCGCCUCGGCGCCCUGGCCUUGGCACAGUGGGCAAGCCCAUCCGCCUGCUGGCCAACCACUUCCAGGUGCAGAUACCCAAGAUUGACGUCUACCACUAUGACAUCGACAUCAAACCGGAGAAGCGACCUCGCCGGGUCAACAGGGAGGUGGUGGACACCAUGGUGAGGCAUUUCAAGAUGCAGAUUUUUGGGGACCGGCAACCGGGUUAUGAUGGCAAGAGGAACAUGUACACAGCACAUCCGCUACCGAUUGGACGAGAACGGGUGGACUUGGAGGUGACACUGCCUGGGGAGGGGAAGGACCAGACCUUUAAGGUGUCCCUGCAGUGGGUGUCCGUGGUCAGCUUGCAGAUGCUCCUGGAGGCGUUGUCGGGCCACCUGAACGAGGUCCCUGAGGACUCUGUACAGGCCUUGGAUGUCAUCACCCGGCACCUGCCCUCCAUGAGGUACACACCUGUGGGCCGCUCCUUCUUCUCCCCACCGGAGGGCUACUAUCACCCCCUUGGUGGGGGCCGCGAGGUGUGGUUUGGUUUUCAUCAGUCAGUACGCCCAGCCAUGUGGAACAUGAUGCUCAAUAUCGAUGUGUCAGCCACGGCCUUUUACCGAUCCCAGCCUGUCAUCGAGUUUAUGUGCGAGGUGCUGGACAUCCAGAACAUCAAUGAGCAGACCAAGCCGCUGACUGACUCGCAGCGUGUCAAGUUCACCAAGGAGAUUCGAGGGCUGAAGGUGGAGGUGACGCACUGCGGCCAGAUGAAGAGGAAGUACCGCGUGUGUAACGUCACCCGUCGGCCCGCCAGCCAUCAGACAUUCCCGCUGCAGCUAGAGAAUGGACAGGCCAUGGAGUGCACAGUGGCACAGUACUUUAAGCAGAAGUACAGCCUGCAGCUGAAGUACCCGCACCUGCCCUGCCUGCAGGUGGGCCAGGAGCAGAAGCACACCUACCUACCCCUGGAGGUUUGUAACAUCGUCGCUGGACAGCGCUGCAUCAAAAAGCUCACCGAUAAUCAGACCUCCACCAUGAUCAAAGCCACCGCACGCUCGGCUCCCGACAGACAGGAGGAGAUCAGCCGACUGGUCAAAAGUAACAGCAUGGUGGGCGGGCCCGACCCUUACCUGAAAGAGUUUGGCAUCGUUGUGCACAAUGACAUGACGGAGGUGACUGGGCGGGUCCUCCCAGCGCCCAUGCUGCAGUACGGGGGCCGGGUGAGUACAGACACUGGGAGGGACUGUGGCAGGAACAAGACGGUGGCCACACCCAAUCAGGGUGUGUGGGACAUGAGGGGCAAGCAGUUUUAUGCUGGCAUUGAGAUCAAGGUUUGGGCCGUCGCCUGCUUUGCCCCUCAGAAGCAGUGCCGCGAGGAUCUGCUCAAGAGCUUCACUGAUCAGCUGCGUAAAAUAUCAAAAGAUGCAGGGAUGCCCAUCCAGGGCCAGCCCUGCUUCUGUAAGUACGCCCAGGGCGCGGACAGCGUGGAGCCCAUGUUCAAGCACCUGAAGAUGUCCUAUGUGGGUCUGCAGCUCAUCGUGGUCAUCCUGCCAGGGAAGACGCCGGUGUACGCUGAGGUGAAGCGUGUUGGAGACACUUUGUUGGGCAUGGCCACCCAGUGUGUCCAGGUGAAAAAUGUAGUGAAGACCUCUCCCCAGACGCUGUCCAACCUCUGCCUGAAGAUCAACGCCAAGCUGGGUGGCAUCAACAAUGUGCUGGUGCCCCAUCAGAGGCCCUCUGUGUUCCAGCAGCCGGUCAUCUUCCUGGGGGCAGACGUGACACACCCCCCCGCCGGCGACGGCAAGAAGCCCUCGAUCGCGGCUGUGGUGGGCAGCAUGGAUGGCCACCCCAGCCGCUACUGUGCCACGGUGCGCGUGCAGACGUCCCGCCAGGAUCUGUCCCAAGAGCAGCUCUUCAGCCAGGAAGUCAUCCAGGACCUGACCAAUAUGGUGCGUGAGCUGCUGAUUCAGUUCUACAAGUCCACUCGCUUCAAGCCCACGCGGAUCAUCUACUAUCGGGGCGGCGUCUCCGAGGGCCAGAUGAAGCAGGUGGCAUGGCCUGAGCUUAUUGCCAUCCGGAAGGCUUGCAUCAGCCUGGAAGAGGAUUACCGGCCGGGAAUCACCUACAUCGUAGUUCAGAAGCGGCACCACACACGACUCUUCUGCUCGGACAAGACGGAGAGGGUGGGCAAGAGUGGGAAUGUUCCGGCAGGCACCACAGUGGACAGCACCAUCACCCAUCCGUCCGAGUUCGAUUUCUAUCUGUGCAGCCACGCUGGCAUUCAGGGCACCAGCAGGCCCUCGCACUACCACGUCUUAUGGGACGACAACUGCUUUACGGCUGACGAGCUGCAGCUGCUCACCUACCAGCUGUGCCACACCUAUGUGCGCUGUACGCGCUCCGUCUCCAUCCCGGCGCCUGCCUACUAUGCCCGGCUUGUUGCGUUCCGCGCACGGUACCACCUGGUAGACAAGGACCAUGACAGCGCGGAGGGCAGCCACGUUUCAGGCCAGAGUAACGGCCGUGACCCCCAGGCUCUGGCUAAAGCGGUCCAGAUUCACUAUGACACCCAGCACACCAUGUACUUUGCCUGAUGUACCAGCAGAGGGCGUCCCAUUUUCUCUUUCUGUCCCGCCCCGUGCAUUUCUCUGUCUCUGUCUCUCUCCCUCUCUCUCCCUCCAUCUCCUUCAUUCUCUCUUCACCGAAGCGGCUCCGAAGCCAGCGGAUCGAGCCAUCUGUCUUGUCAAAAUGGCCGUCCCAGUCGAGCCGCCUUCUACCAGCAAACCCAGGAUUGUCAGCUGCACUGAGAGACCGUUGGUUUCUGAUGCACAGGAAGGCAGAACCUGUUGAGCCAUUUAUUUUUUUUUUCUCUCCAAUAUCUUUAUUUUGAAUUCUUUUUUUUCCCCCUUCUCCAUUAGUAAGAUACACUGAGCUUGUCGCUCGGGGCUGGCUAGCCGGCCCCCUCUCAUCCUUACAGCCAGGACUCUUCUCUGUUUUUUACCUCAGGCCUGCACAGGCUGACAACAAUACUAUUACUAGUCGGGGGGGGGGGGGGGUCUUGCAUGUGUGUGGGGGAGUCGGAAGAUUAUUUUUUUAGUUGACUUUUUCAGACUUUUUUUAUGUUUUACAAACGAGGUGACCUGGGUGUUCUCAUCCUUUCAGUUUUGUCGAGAGUGAGCGUACGUCUGUGAGUGAGAGUGACUGAGUGAGAGUGACUGGGUGUGAGUGACUGCCCGUCUGUCCCAUUGCAGGCCACUGAAUUGUAAAGGGAGAUUGAGGGGUUAACUGCUGUAAAUGCCUCAGAUUUAAUGUGUUUAUUUCGUAUAUAUAUGAAAAUCAUAUAGAUAUAUUCAUCCAUAUAAGCAGAUUUAAAACAGAUUUUACAUGCUUAUUGAAGCCGGGAUCGGAAUGGAGCAGUGUAGCAGUUGGCCCUUACCCACGUGUGGGGGGGCCCUGGGGGCAUGUCCAGGCCAGGCAGACGUUUGUCUGCUGGCUGGGUUGGGGGAGUGCACCCACUUUGUUUUUUGUGUCCCCCCCCUCCCCCCCCCCCUUUCCUCCGUCUUUGCCUCUGCCAGCACUGACCACCAAGGCCAGAUACACAAAUAACAGGCACUCUCCUUGUACCUUUUAUGCAUUUAUAAAUAAAAAAAGAAAUCAGAUUUGUAAGAGUUUAAUAUAAAACGUUUUGUGACUAUAUUAACUGAUGUUAGAGUAGAUUGCUGUAAGUGUUGUUGUUGUUGCCGUUAUCAAUGUUAUGAUUCUCAGACCGUCAGCAGCCGAGUCGGUGAGCGUUAUUGGGGGGGGGGGUGGAUCUUAUGGCAUGUUUUAGCUUUGGGUGUUUAGGCAGCCUCAUGAUACAGUAAAGACUCAGCACUGUCCUCUGGUUUCAGGCCCUGGAUGGUUUCCUAUGUUUUGGUGUCAUCAGGGGGGGGGGGUGCGGCCAACCCGCCUCUCCGGUGACGCUUAUCUUUGCCACAGGCCAGAACCAGAGUAUCAAAGACAAUCAGAAGUCAGUCGGGGGAAAAGAAUCAGCAGACAGCCAAUCACGUUUUUCGAAAGCUUCUCUCUCUAGUAUCUCUAUUCGGCGUACUCAUGUUAUAGCUGGAGUUUAGUGACGCAGCAUCGGCACUCUGCAGCCCUGCGACCCGCUAACGCAGCCAUCUCCAACUCCGGUCCUGGAGAGCUACGAUCCAGAACCCCGGUAGGAUAGAAAACCGACUGGACUGCAGCUCUCCAGGACCGGAGUCGGAGAGCCCUGCACUUGCCUACGGGCCCCCAGCGAACGCUCGGCGUGUACACGCCAUGCCCCUCCUCCCGUGGCUGGGCGGGGGAAUUGCGCACACACCUCUCCAGGUGGACAGCUCAGAGGAAACCCUUUUGUAAUAAACCAUCUCUGAAUCACCAGGUUUGCUAUGAAUGAGUUUUGAGCGUCCAGCUGGUGGGGUUGGACGUGGUUCGAGAGGGGCGGGUUCGAAUGAAGCUUUUUUUUUUUUUUUUUGGCAGGAAUUUGGGUUUGGUGGGUUUUUUUUUUUCUUUUUUCGAGCGAGCUUCUUUGAAGAGCGAAGCGAUUUAUCCCAAUAUCAGUUGAGCACACUAAUUGUCAGAAAGCAAUAUUACCAAGUCUGGGUUUAAAGAGAAGCUGUCUCUGUUUUUCCUGUGGCUGACGGUCUGACCGUGUUUCUGUAUGUUUCUCUUUUGUUUUUGUUUGUGUUUUAUUUCUUCGCUCGUAUCAAUCAGUGGGAAUGUGCUUAGCGCUUUAGACUUCAAGGUGUUUUUUUUUUUUUUUUUUUUUUCUUUUUUUAAAAUGAGAAAUUGCUCUCCUGCAUGUCCGAGUAUUGUCCUAAAACUUAGAGAAUAUUUAAGUGACGGAAUUUUUAAUGAUUAUAUGUUAAUGAAUUUGAGACUGUUAGGGUGGCAAUAUAUCGUUCAGUCUCGCAAGUACCAGCAGCACAGGCUGUCGGCAGUGGAACGCUGGUCUUGGCGUCCACCCCCACGCUCAAACGAGGUACUUUCUUCACAUAAGGGAACGCCAAGGCCAGCCUUUCACCCCUAGGGUGGCGGUGUGUGUGUGUGUUUUUUUUUUUCCCCUUUUCUUUUUUUUUCUUUUUUUUUUUUUUUUUGUAAACUGAAACUCGAGCGCAGUGCCACCGUUGCUCUCCUGCGCCCUCUGCUGGCCCCGCUAAGCUGCGCUUUGGGGCCUGGCGCCAUGGGCUCUACAGUAAGGGGAAUUUACCUCUUUUUAAACCUUCUACUUGUAUUUUCUGUGCCCCAGUUUCAAGAGCGCAUGAUUUAUUUAUUUUUUUUAAACUCUUCUUUAUAUAUAACGGAAACGUUUGCUAUACUUUUUGACAAUGUGUAUUGUAUUUUGAUUUGUUCUUACACCAGUGUGUUGCUCUGUGCUGUUUUUCUAGUGUUCUCAAACUGUGUGACUGUCUGACAGCAAUAUAAGGCCCCUUUGACCUAUUGAUGGCCAUCCCGUGGCCCCGCCCACCAGGGUGACCAAUCAGUUGCUGCUUUGCUAUGUGACAUUUUUAAAUAUUUUUUUUUUUUAGCCUGCAGGGAAUAUUUGUGUUACUGUGCAAAAGUAAUAAAUUGGUAUUUUUAAGCCUA